AUUACAAUACGGGUGGGUAAACAAUCCGAGUAUCAGUAAACGCGUAGGAGGAGGAAUUCUGAAAAAUUACGAGGCGUGAAAUUUGAGCGUGAAGAAGCUGAGCUGCAGCAUUCACACUGUUUCUCUAAAAUUCACACCAUGAAGGCUAAAGCACUGUCACGUGAUCUGGGAUAGCGCGCAAAAGUAUUGACACCCGCACCUACACAGUACCUGAUCAUGAGAAACGCUGCAUCAGUACGCCCGCACUGAAAGUCCAGGGUCUGGUCCGAUUUCCCUCGCUCCCUUCACCAUGGGCACUACGCUGAGCGAACCCUGCAUCUACGACAAGCUCUCGGAGAGCAUCGACAUCCUGCGGCAGUCCGGGUACCGGUACGGCAUGUCCGAGAGAGAGAUCGAGAAGUUCAUCAAGCAGGUCCUGGAGACCAAUGAGCCUCGGAGAGAACCGGCCCAGUUCCCCGUCCUGAGGGCCGCCUUCAAGGUUGCCGUGGUCGUGUGCGUGCUGCUGCUCAUGGUUUUGGCAUUUGCGUACGCUCAGAGUUUGCCUGCGUCUGGCUCGGUCAGCGCAGCGGAGCGACACAACUGGUCAUCACCUCUGAGUCACAUCCGACUGCUGUCACUCCCCAUCGCCAAGAAAUACAACCUGCACGGUUUCCAUGCGUGGUGGAGCAAGAGUCACACAGUACUGAACUGUUCUGGAUGUUCCAGCGUUUCUGCGGUGCUCGAACUGUCCACCUUAACAAACACUGAGUCUGUACACACACACACACAGCCUGUGCUAGUGAAAGGCGGAGCGUCUCUGUGUUUGCAGAGGCAGCAGUUGGAGGUGCUUAACUCGUCACACUCCAGCUCUCUGACCGUCCUGAAAGAAGAGGAAGUGAUGUCAGAGCAGGAAGUGAUGUCCGAGGUUUUCCCUCAGGGCCCAGCCAACUUCAGCCUUCUCUGGAGGGCGGACUCAGGGUUGAGGGAGGAUGUGUUUCGUUCACUCUUUUCUAGUGCACUACUCUGCCCCCUACUGCACAGUGUAGAGAGUACACCGCAGCGCCACAGAGUCACACACAGCACCAGUUCUCAGAGCAGAGGAGAGUGUGUGUUAGGUUGGGUGUUGGUUGGAGACGGCUCUCCCACUGUGCGUGUUUUACCACAUCAGCGCUGCCGAACACACUGCAGCUCCUUCAACCUAUGGCUUGAACCAGGAGAUCUGGUGUACGCAGACCCUCGGUUCUGGCAGCUGGAACUGUUCCCGGGCCGAGGAGAGAACAUCGUGUGACGGUUCGGGCGUGUCUGAUUCCGGCGUGCUGCCUUCAGCGCUUCACUGCGUUUAGUUUCCACGCCAUGGCAGGAGGACGUUAAUGAGGAACAGGAGCUGGGAGCUCACCUGCCUGACCUGUCGAACACUUCACAGCCCUCCGGCCCUCACGUUCCUGUAAAAUGAAUCCUAACUGUAACCUGAGAAGGUUCAAAACUUAAUAUAUCUCCUUAUGAGACAGCUGAUUUGAACUGAUGAGGUGAUGUACAGUAUUUAACAUACCCUGAGGUUUCACACACACACUGUCAUCAUCGCCAGGCUCCGUGCCGAAGGGGAACACCUCUGUAUGCGAGAUUUCUGUGAUUUUGGUCACAUGAUCAUGAGACAUGGGGGGGGAAAUAAACUACAGUUAAAUUAUUUAAUUUACGGAUCAGAACAAAGCCACAAGAACAAACUCCACUGCACACAGUGAUGAUAUCUGACUUUUUUACAUUUUAGAAUCAAACCAAGGUGUUGAAACUGAUUAUAAGUUAUCAUCACAAGCCUAAUUAUGAUCUCGUACAUUCAUCAGAUUGUUUCACUUAAAAGGAACUCACACUCUCAUUUUUUAUUUUUAAUAUCGAUGUAUCAUGUGUCAGCUCCAUCUCUCUCUCUCAGAGUCACACACUUGCUCACACUGCUUCCCCUCACAGAUAUAACAUGGUAAAGCAGUUUAAAGUUGUUGUGUGUGUGUGUGUGAGUGAGUGAGUGAGCGUGUGACCAUUUGCAUUAAUCCCCAUCAGCUUCCCUGUUCACGUGGUACUGCUCAGCGUCCCCUUCAUGUUCCAGUACAGUUUAUAACACACCCUCGUUAACGUCUCCUCCUGAUGCGGUGUGUAACUCGUGUGUAACUCUGCUGCAGCUCUCAAGACUGAAGGUUUACCCAUAAAAGUUGGCAGGUCUGGCACAGGUGUUUAUAAAUAUUUGUUUUCUCACCCAAGCUCCCACUGCAGUUCCUUUAUGGCCCACUAGGGGGUCCACCUCACAGUGUGAACUAUUCAGUUCAGUGUUGUGUGUAGCGUGUUUAACAGUGGACGUUGUCCCAGAGCAGCGGUACAGAAAUAUAUACACUCAGGAUAGAGAUGUUAAAUGUAUGAAUUUAUCUCUAAUGAGCAGCCAGAGGAGACGGUGGUGAGGAAAAACUCCCUGAGACGAUAUGAGGAAGAAACCUCGAGAGGAACCGGACUCAAAAGGAACCCGUCCUAAUCUGGGUGACACCGGAUAGUGCGAUUAUAAAUAAAUACACCCCUUAUAGAACACCUUGGCCCCAAAUACCUUGGAAGUGUGUCUCCAGCGUCUCACUAGCGGACACUUCCAGAACAAGGAGAAGAGGAGACAACCACCAGGAACACACCUUCUCUCAAGACUGAAUGGUCAUAACAAAUCAAAUGCUACAUCUUUAAAAUGUUCAUUAUUUCAAAGUAAUUUAUUGGCUUGUAAACAGUUUUGCCCAUCAACUGAGGAGAAGGGGACUAGGGGAAGUGUUAAACACAAUACGGAACACAACCACGCACAUCAGUAUCGUUAUUGUUGUUGUCUCAUCUUCAUGUUCCAGCUCUGAGGAAAGCUCCAGUGUAACUGUCAAGUACAUUUAUAUCCCGUAUGAAUGUGGAUAUACUUUACAAAUGAAACUAUUACGAUGAAACCUGUUAGAAUCUGUAUAAGGCGACUGGUGUUUAGGAAAACUGCGGGUAUUAAAAACGUUAGGAAAAUAUAAUAAUAUAUUUAAUAAUGAUUGUUAUUAUUGGAGUUUCGGGGGCAGAUUUUUGGAAAUGGUUUUCAAAAGAAAACAUGAAUAAACACAGAUCUCUGUUUAA